CUUCCUCUGCUCCCCUUAUACUUAAAUCAUGGCAUCCACCUUCCGUACUGGAAGUACUCGUUUGUCUGGCAGCCGUAAAGGAGGGCAAUCAGUAGGGCAAUCAUUUUCCUCAAGGUCCUAUUCUAGUGGCUCAUGUGGCACCGCACGUGCUUCAGGGGGUCCAGUGUCUAGGGGAAGUAUGUAUAGUUUUUCCAUGAGUGGCGGGGGCGGCAGUGGCGGUGGCGGUGGCGGUAGUAGCUUCGGCAGUGGUUUUGGAUCUGGAGGUUAUGGUUUGGGUGGAGGUUAUGGUGGUGGUGGCGGUGGCGGUGGAGGUUAUGGUGGUGGUGGCGGUGGAUCUUUUUGUAGCGGUGGAGGUUUUGGUGGUCGUGGUAGCGCUGGAGGUUUCGGUGGUGGUGGCGGUGGAGGUUUUGGGGGUGGAUGUGUCCCAAUCACAGCAGUCACAGUCAACCAGAGCCUACUGGCCCCCCUGAACCUUGAGAUCGACCCCAACAUUCAGACUGUCCGAACCCAGGAGAAAGAACAGAUCAAGACUCUGAACAACCGCUUUGUGAGCUUCAUUGACAAGGUUCGUUUCCUGGAGCAGCAGAACAAAAUGCUGGAGACCAAAUGGAGUCUGCUGCAGGACCAGACCACCAGCCGCUCAAACAUUGACGCCAUGUUUGAGGCCUACAUCGCCAACCUGCGCAGACAGCUGGAUGGACUUGGCAAUGAGAAGGUGAAGUUAGAGGGAGAGCUGAGAAACAUGCAAGGACUGGUCGAAGACUUCAAGAACAAAUAUGAAGAUGAAAUCAACAAGCGUGCUAGUGUGGAGAAUGAAUUUGUCCUCCUCAAGAAGGAUGUAGAUGGUGCCUACAUGAACAAAGUCGAGCUGGAAGCCAAAGUCGAUUCCCUUCAAGAUGAGAUUAACUUCCUCAGAAGUGUCUAUGAGGCUGAGCUGCGUGAGCUUCAAGGCCAGAUCAAGGACACAUCUGUCAUUGUGGAGAUGGAUAACAGCCGCAACCUGGACAUGGAUGCGAUUGUGGCAGAAGUCAGGAGUCAAUAUGAAGACAUUGCCAAUCGCAACCGUGCAGACACAGAGGCGUGGUAUAAACAAAGGGUCACAGAGAUGCAGUCCACAGCAAAUCAGUCUGGAGAUAGCCUUCGCCAGACAAAGAGCGAUAUUGCUGAACUCAACCGUAUGAUUAGCCGCCUCCAGAAUGAAAUUGAGGCAGUCAAAGCACAGCAUGUAAACCUGGAGGCUCAGAUUGCUGAGGCUGAGGAGCGUGGAGAGCUGGCUGUGAAGGAUGCCAAGGCCCGCAUGAGAGACCUGGAAGAAGCCCUGCAGAGAGCCAAACAAGACAUGGCCCGCCAGGUCCGUGAAUACCAGGAGCUCAUGAAUGUCAAGUUGGCUCUGGACAUCGAGAUUGCCACCUACAGGAAACUUCUGGAAGGAGAAGAAUCCAGAAUUGGCAGUGGUGGCGGAGAGGCAAUCAUCCACAUACAGUCCUCAACCACCAAUUAUGGUGCUAGCAGUGGAGGCGGCGGCGGCUAUGGAGGCGGCAUGGGAGGCGGCUUUGGCUGCGGCGGCGGCUUUGGCGGCAGCGGAUUUGGUGGUGGCAUGGGAGGCGGCGGCGGCGGCAGCUAUGGCGGCGGCGGUAGCAGCGGCGGCUAUGGCGGCGGUAGCAGCGGCGGCUAUGGCGGCGGUAGCAGCGGCGGCUAUGGCGGCGGUAGCAGCGGCUGCUAUGGCGGCGGUAGCAGCGGCGGCGGCUAUGGCGGUGGUAGCAGCAGCAGCAUGAUCAGCUCAAGGACCUCCAUUAGCCGCCAUUAAAACCAACCACUGUCUUCUCUCCUCAUUUCGUUCGCUUCCUCAUGUAUGCUUUAAACCAUUUCCACAAAGCUCUGCACCGCUUUACCUGCAGACACUGAGCAGCCUUAGUUGUGAGUCAGUUCUCUUCUUUCAUCAGUCAGCCAGGUUGACUUUUGGUUUGCUGGAUGUGCUCUUGUGUAGACAAGGAGGAUGUUUGUAGUGUCAUGACAAAACCUUUGUUUUUCAUUAGGCAAGAGUCAUUCCACACAAAAUGACAACUGCAGUACAGAGAUGUGCACAGUAACAUAUGUGGAUGAUGUGCUCUGUCUUGGACUCACAAAGCUUUCAGUGCAUGCCACCAUAUACUAUUCUCUUGAGACUCCUCUGUUGUCACACAUCUGUCAUAUUCUUUCAACAAAAGUAACCACAUAUAACACUUUAAUAUUUGAGUUUUGGGAUGCUCUCAUAGAAACGGUGUUUACGCCUUUAAUUUCACUUUCGCUCUGAAUAAAAGUAAAGUUUAGGCUGACUGUGGUAACCAGAUUUAUUGUGAAAUUGUACCAUCAAAAUAUUUGGAAUAAAUCUGUGUUCAUAUUUGGCA